AUGAAGACAUCCAUCCUCUCCCUGCUUCUAGCAGCAACAACAGCCUACGCCAAAACAGACUACACCACCAACUUCGACAACCUCAACCAAGGCAAACUAACACCCAACCCCCUCCGCGAACUCACCUACGGCGACGAAUUCCAAAUCGGCACCUACGCCGUCCAAGCGUCCAACGAAAACGCAAAGAGCAAAAAACUGCUCUUCUCGGGCCCGCGCGCUGUGGGCGAAUCCUCCGGCCGGAUUAAGAUCGCGCCCGAGUCCAAGGCGGAUAGGUUCACGCUGAAGAGCGUGCAGAUUGGGUGUAGUGGGAAGAAAACUGGUGGGAAGAAGAAGACUGUGCCGUGUGAGUUGGAGAUCUUGGGGAUGAGGCCGUCGCAAAAUUUUGUGUCAAAGACGGUGAAGUAUACUGAUACUAAGAGCCUGUUGACGCUGGAUGGGCUGGAUGAGGAUCUUUGGGGCCUGCAUUCGGUUUCUGUUAAGGUUGUUAGUGCUGGGAAGGGGGGUGAGCUGAAGGAGGAUGUCACCCUUCUUGUUGAUAGCUUGCAGUAUUUUGUUGGGGAUGAGUAGUUGAUUGUCAG